GGCCGAAAAUGGACAAGCUAUUUAAUGCUUUACUUGUUAACCCAAAGCUUUCUGAUUCUGCAAAGAAGGAAUAUGUUAUCAAAGUCGUUACUGCUAAGUUAACACACUUAACUUCACAGCAGGAACGACCAGAUUUCUUCAUUAAAGAGACAUUCAAAAUCUUACUUCUCAAGAAUCUCUCCGUUUACAACUUCGAAGUGUUCGCAGAUGCCAUCAUAUACGCAUGCUACAGUGUUCUUUGAAGGAGUUUGGAUGAUUUAAAAGAGGCAACUAAAUUCGAAGGAAUCUCUAGAAUUCAAGAUUUAGUAAUGAAUCUUGAAAUCUUACUAAAAAGAGAUGAUGGGGAAAGUGAUUCUGAUGAGGAAAUUCAUGAUGAAAUUGAAGAGCAUAAGAAGAUUAUGUACCAGGUAGUUCUGGUAAAGAUUCUAUUAUCACGCUGAUGAGUGGGCUUAGAAGAAGAGAGUGCAAAGGAAACCAUGAGAAUAGGCAUAAUUAACUCUUUUCAACCAUUCAUGAGUAAGAUUCUCAACUUGGAAGAGACAAAAGAAAACUUACUCAAAGUAAAAAUGGAGGAGAAGAAAAGCAUGCCUAAGGAGGAAGAUGUUCUCAAAACCUUCACUUUCGUUAAAGUCCUACUAGAUAUUAUCUGAGAAGAUAACAGAAUGGUCCCAACUAACUUUAACAUUGACACCUAUAUUCCAAUAUGGCUAUUCUACUUUUCUCUUUUAAAGAUGAAUAAGAGUAACAAAGCCUCUUCAAAACACCCAAUCAAAGAACAAAACAAUAACCUCCCAGACCACCCCAUCACUCUCAGUGACCAAAUCCUCAAAAACCUCCUCUCCAUGUUCAAGACCCGUUUUGCCCAAAUCCUUGACCCUCAAAACCUAAAAUCCUACCAAAAGAUCACUAAAUCCGUGCUUGACUUGUUAAUCCAGCUGAAAUCCCUCCAAAAUUCCACUCACUACUACCACUUCAUUGAGUGUUGAUACAGUAUAAAUGACUAUGUCUUCUUAGAGACAGCCAGAGACUUGCUCUCAGAAGGAUUAUGCAAGUAUACUCCUGACCAUUAUAAGUUUGUAUUUACCCUUUUGGCAAAGAAAUUUCCAUUUACUAAAGCGACGUAUUGAUUGCAGCAUACUGUCCUGAAUUUUAUGUACCAGAAUAAGAUGUUUAAUACUUUGAGUGAGAAUAGAGAGAUGGUGCUGAAUUCUGUGCUAAACAAGAUUGGUAAAGACGAUACACACUUAGACCUCGCAAUAGAUGUGAUUGCAUUCUUUACAAUUGGGUUCAAAUUCUGCUCAAUAAAGAUCCUAAAGAGAAUGGAAGAUUACUUUUCUAAAAAUAUCCUGUGCAAAGUGGAACCAGACGAAGAAGGGAAGCAGCAGACUGAUGCGAUGUAUAAAUUUGACAUGUACGCUAAUUACAUUGUUUUACUGAAGGCAAACAUGAUUGUAAACUCAGGAUAUCCUGAGAUUUAUAUUCCUCUUAUGGAGAAGAUCGAGCAAGCUUUUGGAGACUAUAUUGAUCGAGAAGACGAAGAAAAUAAAAUCAAUUCCUUUAUUAAGCAAUAUACACUUAAAUUGGAGGAUUUAGAGCAAGAGGACGUGGAGAUUGAUGACCAAAUCGACCAGAAAGAUGGCUCUAAGUCUGACAAUGGGGAUGUUGAGGAAUCUAAGGUUGCAAAGAAACCUUACAGAUUCAAAGGGCUUGUAAAUAUGGGCAAUACUUGUUACAUGAAUAGCUUCAUUCAAGCCUUGUUCUUGACUGAAUCCUUUAGAAAAGCAAUAAUUAAUGAUCUUUCUAUUGGGCAACCUUGGAUUAUUGCUAACACUGCUUCAAAGAAAAGCAUAGAACAAUUAUGACGAUUAUUUUGCCAAUUAGCCUUCAGUCGCAGGCCAUCAGUAAAGCCAAUGGGCCUCAAAUCUUCUUUGCCAAAAUUCUUCCAAAAUUAUCAGCAGCAUGACUCAUCAGAAUUUGCUAAGGUUGUAUUAGACAAGAUGGAUGAAGAACUGAAAGCCCUAGUUAAAGAAGACCGAUUGAAAUAUGAAGAAAAGGAUAGAACAAGCUUGUUUAGAAGCACUGCCUCCAUAACUCCAUUCUUCAACUUCUUCGUAUAUCAGACAGUAAAGUGCGAGGAAUGUAACUCUUGAUCGACAAAGAAGCAUGAGGAGAUAGAUCUUUCCUUGUCUUUAGACUUGAAAGCUGAUUUUGGAGAUUUAGAUGAAGAAGUCUCUGUACAGCACUUACUUCGAAACUACUUCUUAACAGAAGAAUUAAAAGAGAAAUCUAAUAAUCAAUAUUUCUGAGAAUCUUGUGAUAAAUAUGUGGAUAGUGCCAAAUUGAUGAAGAAGGUUGGCAAGGAUCUUCCUCCAGUCGUCAUGGUCACUCUUAACAGAUUUUAUUUUGAUAAGGAAAGCAAGCAAAUGAAGAAGAGACUGGAGCCUAUAAAAUUAUCACCUUCUAUUACUGUAGUAAAGGAAGAGCUUAUUAAUGAAGAAGAAGUGAAGGAAGAAGAAGUGAAGGAAGAAGAAAAUAAAGCCAAAGACGUAACAUACGAUUUAUAUGCAAUCGUUAUUCACUCAGGAACAAGAGCAAACUCAGGACAUUACUACACUAUCGCUCAUGACAAUAUCAACAAUUCAGAAUCUGCUGAGUGGAAAAGUUUUAAUGAUAACAUGGUCUCCGAAGUUGAUGCUGAUUUUAUCGAAACUAUUAACGAAAAGCUUAAAUACGAUACUCCUUAUAUCCUGUUUUAUAAAGAACGAGAGCUAGGUGUCAGAACGAAAUAUUUUUCAGAGCAUUCAAAGAGCCUAUUUGAUAUAAAGAUGAAUAACAAGGUUCCUCCCCCUUUGGAGAAGUUCAUCAAAAGUGAUAGUGACAACUAUUUAAGAGAAAAAGAGUUGAUUACUUUGAGGCUAAAUCAGGGUCAAUUUAAGCCAGAUAUACAAGCCCUACUUGAGAUCCAAAAGAUGCUAAUGAAAAAGAAUCUUGGCAAGAUUGAUGAGGCAAGGACUAUGGGACCAGGCGGGUUCGGUGGCUAUGGAGGUAAUAACCAUGACUUCUUUGGAGGAGGCGGUGGUAUUUGUUAA